CCAAAACGAAAAGUCAUGUUUGUAUCUUUAUACCAUGAGUCUUGUGGAGAUCAAACUCACCAUUAGUCUCAAAAAUUUUCUUUCUGGAUAUAUAUUUGGUGGAACUCUCUACCUUUAACUCACUUUACCUUUUCUUUCAUGUAAAGCAAUGAAUUAGAGGGUUGGUGAAAUCUGAAAGGAAUCCAAUUUUGUUGGAGUUUUGUUAUAUAUUUUUCUUGCGUCUAAUUUAAGCUGUGACACUCAUCAAAAGCUAUGAAUUUUAAUCACAAAGCUCAUCCGGAUUGCGUAUAUUCAGACAAUCCUUUCCAUGAAUGUGCUUCAGCUUGUUUAGAGAAAAUUGCUCAAGGCCAUGUCAAGAAGAAGACUAAGAAGCAAGGUUUAAAGGCUCUUAGUUUCUCAGGAAGUUUCGGUAGGAAAAAGAAGGAAUCGUAUUUACAACCGCUUUCACCGUUAUCUGCAAAGCCAUAUCAAAACGGUGGAGGCAGUUUUGGAAACGCUAAUUUUCCUAAGGUUCACCAUGCAGUAACUGCACCUGUUGCUGUGAAGAACAAGACAGUUUCUGAUACCAAUAAGUCUUUCUCCUCUUCCUCAUCAGAUGAUUUCUUUAAGCAUAAACCGGAGAUAAAACUCUCACAAAACAUUCCUCUUUCCCAAAACAAUUUGGCUGAUAAAAGCAAACCGGUAUCACCUAAACCGGGAAAACAAGAUAGAAAGAUUGAAACUACACAAUUUAAUUUCCUAAGCUCUAUAAUACCGCAUGGAAAAGCGAGCAGUAAUGAUGAUGAAGAAAACAACAAUGAGACUGGAGUAGAACUGGAUCUUGAAUCAGUAAUGUCUGACACUAUCGUCUCUGUCGGGAAAUACAGAGUGAGAUCCGGUUCAGCAACAAUCUUAAGCAGUAUCAUCGAGAACCAUGGAGACAUUGCUCAAAACUGUAAGCUGGAGUCGGGAUCAAUGCGGUCUCGUUACCUCGAGUGUUUAUGUUCUUUAAUGCUGGAACUUAAGUCAACCCCGGUCGGGAAGUUGACCAAAGUCAAAGUCAAAGAGAUGUUGGCAGUUCUCAAAGAUUUGGAGUCUGUGAACAUCGAAGUGGCUUGGCUGCAUUCGAUUCUUGAGGAGUUUGCGCGGUCACAAGAAGAUGUAGAGAGUGAAAAAGAGAAGCAAAAAGGUUUAUUGAAGGCUAAGAGAGAAGAGCUUGAAGCUCAAGAAGCGGGUUUGGUUCGGUUGGAGGAAGAAGUGGCCGAAGCGAGGGUCCGGAUUGAGGGGACUCGGGCCAUGAUGGUUCAGAUGGAGAGUGAAUGGAUGAGGAUGGAGAAAAUGGGAUUCAAAAUGGAGAAAUUUAAAGGGAAAACGUUUCUAGAUGAGUUUUUGUGAGUCUGUGUUGUGUGAUUAUUAUGAUGUUGUUAAGUGUUAAUAGUAAGUAGUAGCACAAAAUCUAAAUACUCUAAAAUGAGUUUUCAGAGGUUAGGCUUUUUUAAAGUAUAUGGGGUACGCUUGUUUUAUAUCACUAAGGUUACUGUUUAUUAGUAACUUGGAAUGUUGUUGAGGUGUUUUGUUGUUGCUAAUAAAUUUGGUGUAAUCACUUUGUUACUAGAUGUUUGCCCGGAUGUGGGAUUAGCAAUUUUAUAAUUACUUAUUAUUAG